AACAAGACUUAACCUAGGGUUAGGGGUAGAGCGCCUGGUACAGCUUGUGAUCUGCAGAACUCUAGAAGCACAAACUAAGAUCACCAACUACACACAACGUACAACAUUUCAUUCACAUCGUACAACUCAUUCAUUACCCAAAACACUUUCACCACCACCACCACCACCACCACCACCGGCGAUCAGUGACCGCUGACAAACAAUAAAAGAUGCUGAGGGAUGAAUCGGCAUGCAACACUUACAACUACGGCGACUCCGAUUACUGGGACGCUCGAUACCUCAACGAGUCCGCUUUCGAUUGGUACCAGCGUUACGAUGCUCUUCGUCCUUUUCUUCGUAAAUAUAUCCCAAUUUCUUCUCGUCUACUUAUGGUUGGUUGCGGUAAUGCAGUUAUAUCAGAGGACAUGGUUAAAGAUGGGUAUGAAAGCAUCAUGAAUGUUGACAUUUCUUGUGUCGCUAUUGAAAUGAUGCGACGUAAAUAUGAGCAUGUUCCUCAGUUGGAAUACGUGCAGAUGGAUGUUCGGGAUAUGGGUUUUUUUCUAGACAAUUCAUUUGAUGGUGUAAUUGAUAAAGGAACUCUUGAUGCGCUGAUGUGUGGAACCAAUGGUCCAACUAGUGCUUCUCAGAUGCUGGGGGAAGUGAGCAGGAUUCUAAAACCUGGAGGGGUCUAUAUGCUGAUUACAUACGGUGAUCCGAAGGCGAGGAUGACUCAUAUAAACCGACCAACUUACAAUUGGAAGAUAGAAUUGUACAUCAUACCUCGGCCUGGUUUCCAAAAGCCAGCAGGUUCAACCUCAUCGCCUAAAUCGUAUCUGUCACCUGUUCCUAUCAACGAGAACGGAAUGCUUCCUGCUGAUUAUGUUUUAGAGGAUCCAGAUUCUCAUUUCAUAUACGUCUGCACAAAAAGGGGCGACAAUUCUGAUCUCAGUGAGUCAUUGACAGUUGAUAUUUGAUCAACAUCAUGAGUCGAUUAACCUUAACAACUUGGUAAUAAGCAGUUUGUGGUGAUGUUUAUUGCUUGUUGUAAAAGUGGUUAGACGUUUUUAUAAUGACAAAUGCUUUAGUCUCUUUGCUAUGGCAUAAAAUGUUAGUUAUUUAGUUAACUUUUUAGUUUUUGAUUUUCUUUUUCAUUUGAUUGUUGAUUUGAGAGAAGAUACAUGAAUAGAUGGUAUCUGUGUGAAAUGUCUAGGCUGCUAUUAUUUCU